AAAUAACUUAACCAAUCAAAAAAAAAAAGACAGAGUAAAAAGAUUGAAAAAAAAAAAAUGAGCAGCUCCGAUUCUCCUCAGCUUCACAAUAUCUUCGUCUAUGGUAGCUUUCAAGAGCCUGAGGUCAUCCAUGUCAUGCUUGAUCGUAUUCCUGAGAUCGUCUCUGCAACACUUCAUGGCUUUCAGAGGUAUAGGCUUAAAGGACGUUUGUAUCCAUGUAUUAUUCCCUCUGAGAAUGGAGAAGUUCAUGGAAAGGUACUAAUGGGAUUAACUAAUGAUGAACUUGAGAAUGUAGAUUGGGUUGAAGGAAAUGAAUAUGAAAGAGUGACUGUUGAAGUUGUAAGAAAAGACAAUUCUGAGAAGAUGACAGUGGAAACAUAUCCAUGGAUUAACAAGAAUGAUCCUGAUAUUGGUGGAGAAUGGGAUUUCGAGGAAUGGAAACGAUUGCACAUGAAGAAAUUCAUAGAGGCGUUUACGGAGAUUAUGGAGAGGAAGAGGAAUCCAUUGGGAAAGGGAAGAGAUGAUUUCAGCCAUGUCCUAAAAGAAGAUGAUUCCGGGAAUGCUCCAUCAGCCCAAGAGAACUCUAGGGUUUUGUCUUAUAAGCUUGAUCUCGCAUUAGGUCUUGCGCCUCUUGCCUUCUUGUGUCACUCAUCUUCACAGCAAACAAUGGUGUUUGUGAAGUCCUCCAAAUCGAAUGCUUACUUCAAGAGGUACCAAGUGAAGUUCAGGAGAAGGAGAGAUGGAAAGACUGAUUACAGGGCAAGGAUUCGUCUUAUCAAUCAAGAUAAGAACAAGUACAACACCCCUAAGUACCGUUUUGUUGUUCGAUUUACCAACAAAGACAUUGUGGCACAGAUUGUGUCUGCAAGCAUAGCUGGUGACAUUGUUAAAGCUUCUGCUUACGCACAUGAGCUGCCUCAGUAUGGACUCACUGUUGGUCUUACCAACUAUGCUGCAGCUUACUGUACCGGCCUUCUUUUGGCUCGUCGUGUUCUGAAAAUGUUGGAAAUGGAUGACGAGUAUGAGGGAAAUGUAGAGGCCACUGGAGAGGACUUUUCUGUGGAACCAACUGAUUCCAGAAGACCUUUCCGUGCUCUUCUUGAUGUCGGACUUAUCAGGACCACAACUGGAAACCGUGUGUUUGGUGCACUCAAGGGUGCUUUGGACGGAGGUCUUGAUAUCCCACACAGUGACAAGAGGUUUGCGGGUUUCAACAAGGAGAACAAGCAACUUGAUGCUGAAAUCCACAGGAACUACAUCUAUGGUGGCCAUGUCUCAAACUACAUGAAGCUGUUGGGUGAAGAUGAGCCAGAGAAGUUGCAAACUCACUUCAGUGCUUACAUUAAGAAAGGAGUUGAAGCUGAGAGCAUUGAGGAGAUGUACAAGAAGGUUCACGCAGCUAUUCGAGCAGACCCCAACCCUAAGAAAACCGAGAAACCUGCCCCCAAGGAACACAAGAGGUACAACUUGAAGAAACUGACUUAUGAAGAGAGGAAGAACAAGUUGAUCGAGAGAGUUAAGGCAUUGAACGGAGCAGGUGGUGAUGAUGAUGAUGAGGAUGAUGAAGAGUAAAUCACCAAUCCAGCCUCCUUUGUCUCAUGCCUCUAGUAGCUAUUU